CCUAAUGAGAAUAAAAAUUAUUACUUUUUAGUGCCUUCUUCCACGAUGCCUAACGAAUUAAAGAACGCCUCUCGUUGCCACGGUGGUCAGUCUUUUGGUUGCGGCGGCGGAGAACCCAUCACAGUGGCGAUUGCUUUCCCCCCCCUCUUUUUUUCCUUUUUAAUUUUAAUUGAUUUUGAUUUAAGAUGAUUUUUUUUUUCUUCCUCUUCAUAGACGGAAAACUAUUUUUAAAAUUUAAUUUUUAAUUUUUAAUGGUACAUGGGUGAGGGACACACUUGGCUACUUCAUCCCUUUAAAUCCUCAAAAUUCAAACUUUUUUAUUUGUUUUCUGUUAAUUGAUGUCAAUUUUUUUUUUUUGUCUUGCAGAGGUGAAGGAGAAGUGGGUGAGGGACGAUGUCCAAGUCUUGCAAAGGGUUGGCCAUGGAGUUAGUCAAGUGUCUCAGUGAAUCUGAUUGUGUUAAGGUUGAGAAGAGAUCAUAUAGGGAAUGUGUUGGAGAGAAGAGUCCAUGCAUACCCAGUGAAUGUGUGGGACUCAGGGAAACCUAUUUCAAUUGCAAGAGAGGCCAGGUUGACAUGAGAGCUAGGAUUCGUGGAAACAAGGGUUAUUAAUGUUCCCAUCAUACAUUGGAAAACUCUGUAGUUGUUCUGUCCCGUUCAGGUUCUUUCAAUAUUUAGCUCAAGGAUCAAGAUGAAGUCAACACAAGUAAAAGAUGAGGGUGAAUCACAGAAAUCGGAGGCCUAAUUAAUUGUUUGAUUUGAUGUCAUUAUAAGCUACGAAUGCACAUGACAGCUAGAAUUUUGCUUUUAUAGAGUUCAUUCAUAUACUAUCUAGUAUUAGCAACCAUAGUAGUGCAUGUACCUUCGCCUAUACUCUUGAAUGACAGUUUCUUCUUUCUCAUA